CAGGAGAUAUGGGUGGUGUUGCAUGGACAGCAGAAGAAGAUCACUUGCUUAAGAAAUGCAUACAACAAUAUGGAGAAGGAAAGUGGCAUCGCGUGCCUCAUUUGGCUGGUCUAAAUAGGUGCCGAAAAAGCUGUAGGCUAAGAUGGCUGAACUAUCUACGUCCCAACAUCAAAAGAGGAAAUUUCACAGACGAAGAAGUGGAAAUGAUUGUCAAACUCCACAAGUUAUUGGGCAACAGGUGGUCACUUAUUGCAGCAAGGUUACCAGGAAGGACUGCAAAUGAUGUGAAGAACUAUUGGAACUGUCAUCUGAGUAAAAAAUUAAAUGCUCAAGAAGCAGAAGAAGAGAGAGAAAUUGACAUAAACCUUGAUGUUAUUAAGACCCAGCCUAGAAGCAUUGAUUCAAGCUCAGUCAACAAAAGGAGCCAGGGUGAGUCUCCAAGUUUUCUACAAGUACCACACGAGAGUGGCAUUUCCUCAUCGCCAACAUUUGAUGUUGAUGGACAUAGCCAAAUGCUUGCAAUAGAGGAAGACAACAUGUAUUCAUGCUUGGACCAACAGGGCAAUAUUGUUGGUGUGUUGCCAAUGGACUUUCAAUUUGAAGAAGUUAAAGCAAUGAGUAAUGGACAGAGUAGCAGCCAGUGGGAUUGGGAUGACUUGCUCUUUGACUUGGACAUGUAUAAUGAUUCUUCUAGCUGCUAG